ACAAAAAAAGAAGUAUAAGCAAGAAGCAACUCGAAGAAUGUGAUAAUGAAAUAAUCGUAGAUUUUUAUGAUUUUUAUGAUUAUAUAAUGCAGUUUUUUGAUCCAUUUGAAUGUGAAAAAGUAGAGGAUCAAGAAAAUUUAAAAUCUUUAGAAUUUGAAUUUUCUUGUAUUAUAAACGUUUCAGCAUUAAAAG